CCCAUCACGCCAGUUCACAGUACGGAGGAGAGAUGAGCGCUCGGAUAACCAAAUCCAACCCCGCCAUGAAACUGCUCCUGCUCUUCACGGCCUCGUUCACCUGGGCUUUCCAGCAGCAGGCUGAGCCACCUAAGUACCAACACCGUGAUCCCCUGACCUCUGACCUCCUACUGUGUGAUCAGUGCCCUCCUGGCACAGCUGUGAAACAACACUGUACCACUGACACGCCCACAGAGUGCCAGCCCUGCCCUGUCAGACACUUUGCUGAAAGCUGGAAUUGGAGGGAUACUUGCCAAUACUGCACUCCGGUGUGUAAGGAGAAACAGUCGGUGAGACAACAAUGCAACAGCACUCACGACCAGUUGUGCGAGUGUGUCCCAGGUUUCCACCUAGUGGUCGAGUUCUGCAUCAAACACAGCACAUGCCCCCCCGGCUCUGGGGUGGUUGUUCCAGGUACACCGGAAAGCGACACAGCAUGUGAGCGUUGUGCUGUGGGUCAUUUCUCCAGUGUCAGCUCCUCUACAGAAGCGUGCCUUCCCCACAGGAACUGCACAGAUUUGGGCUUGCUGAUGCUGAAAGAAGGCACAUCAACCACAGACAACCUCUGCGGCAUUCAGGUCAAGAACCCAGUCCCGGAGUGCUCUCAGCACCACACUCAGUGUCACACAGAUGUAACCCUUUGUGAGGAGGCCGUCUUUCAGUCUCUGGCCUCUCUGCGACUGUCUUCAGUGCCCUUGGAGAGACUGUUGGAGAGUCUCCCAGGGCGGCGGGUAGAUCGAAAGAGUCUGGAGAGACUGAAGAAGGGCUGCACCCCCCAGCAGCAGGUCCUCCAGCUGCUGCGACUGUGGCGGGAGCAGAAUAAAGACCAGGAAAAACUGUAUGGCAUCAUACAGGGGGUGAAUCACUGUGAGAGGAAGGUCACACGCUGCGGCAGCCUUAAGAACUUGACCUUUGAUGACCUCCUUAAGGUCACUAACAGCCUGCCGGGGGUCAGAGUUCAUGAGGAAGACGUCCGGACUGUGGUGUCCUCUUGCACACCUCAGCAGUAUAUCUUGCAGCUUCUUCACCUCUGGAAGACGGCAAACUAUGAUCUGGAUCUAUCCAAAGGUCUGUCCCACAGUAUGAGGGUCCUCCGCACUCAGGGGGCACCGCGCUCUCUGUUGAAAGCCCUGAAGAAGAUUAACCGCAUCAUAGGAACCGCCUCUGUUCACAAGAUUUAUGAGAAGAUGUUUGUGAACAUGCUGCAGGAUGACUCCUGUUUUAAGACGCUCAAGCCAUACAAUGAAUAAGGAUGGAAAUGAUGCAAACACAGACACAAAAGCACAUACACACAUUCACUGUCAAACAGUGACCACACAAACUUAUGCACGCACGCACACACACAUGCACACGCACACACAACAUGCAUGGUGAGAAGGAGAAUAAUGCAUGUGAAAGAGAAAGCAGACCUGAGGCAGAAAGUGCUCAGCCCAAAUUAAGCAAAUGGUAUAGUGAGAGGGUAAAUUCUUACUUUCCCAUCAGAUGUUCCACUAGAAUACAGUAAACUAUAGUCAACGACAGAGUUGUGUUAAACUAUUCGUGCUUUCCUCCUCAUCCACACACACUCUGCCUGUCGGAGCAGGGAAUGUGAGAGAGAAUCAGAUUGGAUGAACCUAAUCCUGAGUUAAAACAAAGUUUUACACUCCUGCAUACUACUGGCAGGCCUAAUCGAGAACUAAAGAUAAAGGUUUACUGGGAAACUGUUUGACCGUAGUCUGUGAAAAACUAAAGAAAAACUAUUUAAGAUGUACAUAGUACACUUUUUUAUGGGAGAGGGGCAGGCGGAUGCUGUCUUUUUAUUUGUACUUUCUCACUGUUUGAGGGGAAGGAUUCGGUUUCAUAAUGAAAUGUGUUUUUCCUGAAGUUUUCCUCUUGUUUGUUGGUUUGAAUAUCCUGGACUGCUGACAUGUAAAGCUCAACUGAAAUAUUUUUUGAAUGUCAGCUUUUAUGAAUGUACAAAGGAGUGCAAUUGUUUUGUAUUUAAAAGAAAUAAUUACUGAAUAUGUAAAAGCUUGUUUUUAUUACUUUAUACUGGAUUCCAAAUGCUGCAAAGUCAGAAAGUGAUAGUUGUGUUAUAUUUUGUUUUUAUCACUUUUAUACUAUUAAACACAUGGGUCUUUAUUGUAUAUAUGC